AUGGCGGAAUCCAGGGAAAACGAGAAGACUGAGCUCAAAGGGUUGCGCCGGGCUUCCUUUGCUCGUGCCCUCCACGUGCCAGCCAUCGGCCGACGGAAGCACGUUGAGAUCGUGGAAAAUGCCAAUCGCAACGCCUCGCCCAGCGGGAAAAUCAUGGAAAAAGUGUCUCAGCGCACCCCCAGCCCCAAUCCUGUGACAGUCUCCAUUGCUCCUCGAGGAACUGAGCACAAUGACAGCGAGGAAGGCGCGGAGAUUCCGGAUAUACCACUUCGACGGUCACAUGUGAAGCGGGUCAGCGCGGACUACAGUGGCUCACCACUCACCACCUUGGAGCGAAUGUUGAAUACGGGCGGGACCCCGGAUGUAUCGAACAACCACGCUUUUGGUCCUAUGAAUCCCAAUUCAAUGAUGUCCAGUGGCGAGAGGAGCCUAUCCGAUGUCCCAGAGGCUUCAUCUGCAUCAACGAUCAGACCAGAGGCUGAUUCGUAUCUCGAAUCUGUGAGGGAGACUCACUCCGCCCCCGAGUCCACCAUCGGCUCAGCUAUAUCUCCGUACCCGAGGAGCGCCCAAGAUAGAUCGACCAUCGAGCCAUCCAUAACCUCAGUCUCGCUGCAUACUGAUUUCUCGUCACCCCUGCCCGCUUUGCAAACAAGAGGCGCCGACGAGUUGUGCGAUGCUCUUGAACCGCUGGCUGAGGAGGAUGUGGAGCCAGGCAGCUUCGACCUGGUCAUACCCGCGACAAAUCUCACCGUCUACAACCUCGAGAGGAGAUCGGAGCUUUUGUUCUCAGUGGACCAUCUGCGGCUUAUUUUUGGUGAUCCCAUUUUCCUGCAAAGAUUUCUGAACUUCAUAAGCAUCUAUCGGCCCCAGUCUCUACCUCUUCUGCGUUACUAUCUUGAAGCGUUGAAGGCGAUCCGGGCUCUUGAGUGGGUCAAUAGUGUGAUCUCGGGUACGUUGCGACUAGAUGGAUAUGACUUUGCUCUCAAGGGCCCACUGGAGCCAACGACGAACAAGUCUCUGCUGCAGAAAGCGGAGGACGCCUGUGAGAGGCUCGCGAGGGACGAACUGCCUGCCUACAUCACCCAUGUCUGGACCGAGUUUGUCGAGACUUCGAUGAGAAGACGCAUCACUGGCACUCUGCCGGCGCACCUGCAUGACAUGAGCGACGGUCUUGCUGAGGUCUUUUGUAUCACUGACCCGUCUCGGCCGGACAACCCUAUUGUUUUCACAUCCGAAGAAUUCCAUCGUAUGACCCAGUAUGGUCUUGACUAUGUCAUUGGGAGGAAUUGUCGCUUCCUUCAAGGUCCAAAGACGAACCCAUUUGCGGUACAGAGGAUCCGGGAGAAGCUUGAUCAGGGAAAGCAGCAUUACGAGACAUUCCUGAACUACAGGCGGGAUGGCUCACCGUUCAUGAAUUUGCUCAUGUGUGCACCCUUGAUGGAUUCUACAGGAGUUGUGCGGUACUUCCUAGGGGCGCAGGUCGACGUGUCUGGGUUGGCCAAAGAUUGCUCUGGGCUGGAGUCCCUGCGAAGGCUGGUCGACAGAGAUGGAGGAGACAAGCAAGGGUCUGGAACUCAAGAUAUUGACGGCGAUGCUGUCUCCAGAGUGGACAGUGGCGCCGACGUGGACUCGACCGCGCCUGCCAACAUUCCACUACCACCUAGAGAUGCCGAAUUUGCCGAGGAGGACAGGUUCCGCCUCCUCUGUGAGAUAUUCAACCGGCAGGAACUCGAAACCGUCCGGCGCUACGGUGGCCGGAUGCACCGGUCCCAACAAGAACAGAUUCAGCACGAGUCAACCUCGAACUGGUCUAAAGGUCGCGUCAUAAUCCAUGACAAUGAGACCUCGCCGCCCAGCACUCCACGACGACAGAACAACUCAGAGGUGCACGACUACACCGGGAACAUCACCAUCUCCCCAAGAGCCACUUCCCCGCCUCUAUCGGUCGCUCCGAUCCCUUCAAUCCCGGCGGUCCCUACUACUCUUCACGGUCCGCGGGUGCCUACAAUCUACGAGCACUUCCUCGUCGUACGGCCAUACCCGUCGCUGAAGAUCCUCUUCGCUUCGCCAUCCCUGCGCGUGCCGGGGAUCCUGCAGAGCCACCUGAUGAGCCGGAUCGGCGGCUCGAAGCGCAUUCACGAGGAGCUCGAGCAGGCCUUCGCGCUGGGCCAGGGGGUGACGGCCAAGGUGCGGUGGGUGUCGGGGAGCGUGCGGAGCGACAGCAGCAGCGGCAGCAGCAGCAUCGAGAACGGCGGCAAGGAGGGCCGGCCGCGCUGGAUCCACUGCACGCCGCUGAUCGGGUCCAACGGCUCGGUCGGGGUGUGGAUGGUCGUCGUCGUCGACGAGGACGCGGACGGCGGCGGCGGGCGCCUGCGGAGGGACGCGCCGUCCGUCAACGGCCCGCGCGCCAGGGGCGACAGGCGCAAGAACCACGACAGCCUCCUCGCCCUCGACACCAUGUCGCUCAACGACUUCGCCGCCAUGAACAGCCUGCCUCAGGACGAGGACCUGAGGCAGCACGUCAGGCACAUGUACGAGGAGACGAGGAGGCGCGAGAGGCUUGCUGGGAUGGACAGCUGGGAUAAGAAGUGGCCCGAAUCGAGGGACGGGGAUAGAGAGACCAUCAGGGUGAAAGAGGGGACCAUCACGAGUUCUGGGUCCUGGAGGGGAAGGGUGGAAGAGCUGCGAAAGGUGUAUAACAGAAGCCGUAGCAGCUCGCCGUUCACUUUGAAGGUGGAUGAUUGA